AGCACCGCUAUGACCCGCCGGGCGGGGGGCCCCCGGCUGCUCCGCAGCCUCCUGCUCUUCGCCCUGUUCACUGCCGGCGUGGCCCCAUUCAGCUGGGAUCUCCCGGAACCCCGCAGCCGUGCCAGCAAGAUCCGCGUGCACCCGCGGGGUAACCUCUGGGCCACAGGUCACUUCAUGGGCAAGAAGAGUCUGGAACCCCCCAGCCUGUCCCUGGUGGGGACAGGGCCCCCCACUUCCGAGCGGGACCAGAGACUGCAGCUGAGUCAUGAUCUCCUCAGGAUCCUGCUACUAAAGAAAGCUCUAGGCAUGAGUCUUGGUACCCCGGCACCCCAUACCCAGUACAGGAGGCUGCUGGAGCAAACACUGCAGAAGUGAUGCCAAUAAUGGGGCAAAAGCAACGACAACUCGGCUUAGAUUGUGCCCAGCCACGGACGCUGCUGAAUGGAACCCUCAUAAUGACCCCGUUUGGAUGUAAAUCUUGAACUCAAACAUGUUACUCCAUUACUGUGAUUUCUGGAUAGGUCACCGGAAACAGUGCAGAUGCAGGCACAAAUUUCUGCUGUAUUUAUUGCUUCCCUGAUGAAGUUAUGAAUUAAAAUCAUGCUCUGUA